CUCUUGCUUCAGCAACUGCAGAAGACUUCCAUUGGUCAUGUAGGCCAUGAUGAUGUAAGGAGCAGAACCAGUCUCAAGACAGACUCCAAGAAGGUCCAUCACAUGAGCAUGUUUGAACCGACUCAUCUUCAAACUCUCCUCCACCAACUUAUUCACUUCCACCUGAUCAAAGUCCCCUGGAGAGAGACUACUUCACUUCAGCAAACGCAUCCAACCUUUGAGUGUCUUCACAGC